GUAACCAAGAUGGCGUCGGGGCAGCAGUGGGUGUUAGUGGAGAUGGUACAAGCACUCUACGAGGCACCUGCCUACCAUCUGGUCUUGGAAGGGAUCCUCAUAUUGUGGAUCAUCAGACUGCUGUUUUCAAAGACGUACAAACUACAGGAGCGUUCAGACCUCACAGAGAAGGAAAAGGAGGACUUAAUUGAAGAAUGGCAACCAGAACCCCUUGUCCCUCCUAUGUCCAAAGACCAUCCUUCCCUCAAUUAUGACAUAGUCACUGGCCCACCAAGCCACAAAAUCAUUGUAAAUGGAAAAGAGUGCAUUAACUUUGCUUCAUUUAACUUCUUGGGUUUCCUUGACAACGAGCGAGUGAAGCAAAAGGCCUUGACUUCUCUCAGGAGGUAUGGUGUUGGUACCUGUGGUCCAAGAGGUUUCUAUGGAACCUUUGAUGUCCACUUGGAGUUAGAGGAUCGUUUGGCCAAGUUCAUGAAAACAGAGGAGGCCAUCAUCUAUUCRUAUGGCUUUGCAACGAUAGCUAGUGCAAUACCUGCCUACUCCAAGAGAGGAGACAUAGUGUUUGUGGAUGAGGCAGCAUGUUUCUCCAUACAAAAGGGUCUCCAAGCCUCCCGCAGUUUCAUCAAGUACUUCAAACACAACGACAUGGAAGAUCUGGAGAGACUGCUCAAAGAGCAGGAGAUCGAGGAUCACAGGAAUCCUCGGAAGGCCAGAGUGACCAGGAGGUUCAUCAUAGUGGAGGGGCUGUAUAUAAACACUGCAGAUGUUUGUCCCCUUCCAGACCUGGUGAAGCUGAAGUACAAGUACAAGGUCCGCAUCUUCCUGGAGGAGAGUAUGUCGUUCGGGGUGCUGGGAGAACAUGGCAGAGGGGUUACGGAACACUUUGGGGUCAACAUUGACGAUAUUGARCUCAUUAGUGCCAACAUGGAGAACGCUGUGGCUUCCAUAGGCGGCUUCUGCUGUGGAAGGUCGUUCGUCAUAGACCAUCAGCGCCUUUCAGGCCAGGGGUACUGUUUCUCUGUUUGUCUNNNNCCCAUGCUGGCUGCUGCAGCCAUAGAGGCCCUUAACAUCAUGGAGGAAGACCCAGAAAUUUUUACCAUCCUGAGGGAGAAGUGCAAACACGURCACAAAGCGUUGCAAGAAAGUCCUGGGAUGAAGGUAGUAGGGGAAGCUUAUGCCCCUGCGCUUCACCUACAGCUAGAGAGAAGCUCUGGAUCCAGAGACACGGACGUGAGGAUGCUUCGCAYCAUCGUAGAUUACUGUUUGGAGAGAGAGAUCGCACUCACCCUAGCUCGGUACUUGGAUAAAGAGGAGCGGUUUCUCCCUCCGCCUUCGAUCCGGGUAGUGGUCACCAUCGAGCAGACAGAAGAGGAGAUUGAGAAAGCUGCGUCCUGCAUCAAAGAGGCAGCUCUGGCUAUCCUCAAAUGAUUCCUGGCUCCUGAACAACCAGACCUGGAGUUCUCCGUUCUCAGUUUGCCGACAUUCCCAGGAUUCACCUCCAGGCUUCGCAGAGCAUCAWUUGACAGGGAAGUUGGAAAGGUCCAUCAAGGCAUAGCCAGGUGCGUUCAUCCACAAACUCGAGGAGGAGAAGACUCAAGGGUGGACAACACUUUCUGUGAGGAGCGUUGUCGAUUUUUAAAUCAGAUUAUCCUUCUCACAGCUACUUAUUUAUGUUUGACCUCCCAUUUGCUGACGGUCCUCAUUCACCUUCUCACGUAUAAAUGAAUGUAAAAUCUGGGCCUCGUCCCCCAACCGUCAUUCAGUUCACUAUCUGUUUGAAUGAAGGUUGAAAGUCUUAACUAAUAAACAAUAAAUAUUUGUAACCAAGA